AAUGACAGCUUGUGUCCUUAUUUUUAAGUUUUGUCAAUAUAAUAAAAAUGUGCCUACGUGUACGCUCGUGGCGCUAAAGAAGGAAAACAUAUCUGCACCUUCACUGGUUUUCUCCCCCUUCACUGCCUUCCGUUUGUGUUUGCGGGCGCCAUUUCUACUUCUCAUCUGAGAAACACAGCAAACACUCCAAAGAUCAAUCUCUCUCGACGAGCUCGCUCUCGUCCUCGUCGUAGUUAGACGGAGAACUGAGAAUCGAACCGACUGACGGUUUCAAAAUGGGAGACAGGCGUCGACGAGGAUGCUGUCCGCCGAUGGAUCUGCUCCGCUCAGAAUCUAUGCAAUUGGUGCAGGUCAUCAUCCCUAUUGAGUCCGCUUACCUCACCGUCUCUUAUCUCGGCGACCUCGGCCUCCUGCAAUUCAAAGACCUCAAUGCAGGGAAGAGUCCUUUUCAGCGUACGUAUGCUACUCAGAUUAAAAAAUGUGGCGAGAUGGCACGUAAGCUGAAUUUCUUCAAGGAACAAUUGUUGAAGGCAGGUUUCUCUGCUUCAGCGAAGCCUGUAAUGGGAAAUAAGAUUGAUGUGGAUGACCUAGAGAUAAAACUUGGAGAACUUGAGGCAGAGCUGACUGAAAUGAAUGUGAAUGGUGAGAAAUUGCAGCAGAGUUAUAAUGAGCUAAUUGAAUAUAAGCUUGUUUUGCACAAGGAUGGUGAGUUUUUCACUUCAGCUCAACGCAGUGCCACAGCUCGGCAGAGAGAAAUGGAAUCACACCAAGCGUUUGAAGAAUCCAUAGAAACUCCUCUAUUAAAGGAUCAGGAUGCCCUGACUGAUCAGUCAAAGCAAGUAAAGUUGGGAUUUCUCACUGGCCUUGUUCCUAGGGAAAAAUCUAUGGCAUUUGAGAGGAUUAUAUUUCGUGCAACCAGGGGUAAUGUGUUUCUUAAACAGGCUCCUGUGGAUGAAACUCUCAUAGAUCCUGUGUCUGGAGAGAAGAUGGAGAAAAACGUCUUUGUGGUAUUCUAUUCUGGGGAAAGAGCAAAGAACAAAAUUCUGAAGAUAUGUGAAGCUUUUGGGGCAAAUCGUUAUUCAAUUGCAGAGGACUUGGGCAAACAGGCUCAGAUGAUAACAGAGGUUUCUGGAAAACUUGCAGAGCUGAAAACUACCAUAGAUGCUGGGUUGAUUCACCAUGAAAACUUGUUGCGUACAAUCAGUGACCAAUUUGAGCAAUGGAAUCUUACGGUUAGGAAGGAGAAAUCAAUCUAUCACACUCUUAACAUGCUUAGUCUUGAUGUCACAAAAAAAUGUCUAGUAGCUGAGGGAUGGAGUCCUGUUUUUGCCUCAAAACAGAUUCAGGACGCAUUGCAUCGGGCUGCAUGUGACUCCAACUCACAAGUUGGAUCAAUUUUCCAGGUUUUGCAUACAAAGGAGUCACCACCCACAUACUUCCGCACAAAUAAAUUCACUUCUCCUUUUCAAGAAAUUGUUGACGCAUAUGGGGUGGCAAAGUAUCAAGAGGCAAAUCCUGGUGUAUUCACUAUUGUUACAUUCCCCUUCCUUUUUGCUGUCAUGUUUGGUGAUUGGGGGCAUGGAAUAUGCUUGUUAAUUGUGACAUUAUUUUUUAUAGUCAAGGAAAAGAAACUCUCAAGUCAGAAGCUCGGAGACAUCACAGAAAUGGCAUUUGGUGGUCGUUAUGUUAUUUUGUUGAUGUCACUUUUCUCAAUUUAUACUGGUUUGAUCUAUAAUGAGUUUUUCUCUGUGCCAUUUGAAUUAUUUGGCCCCACAGCAUAUGUGUGCCGUGAUCUCUCCUGCAGGGACGCUUCUACCAUUGGUUUGAUUAAGGUGCGUGACACUUACCCAUUUGGGCUGGAUCCUGCAUGGCAUGGUACUCGGAGCGAGCUGCCAUUUCUGAACUCUCUGAAGAUGAAGAUGUCAAUCCUUCUUGGGGUGGCUCAAAUGAACCUUGGAAUCAUUUUGAGUUAUUUCAAUGCAAAAUUCUUCAGGAACAGUCUUAAUGUCUGGUUUCAAUUUAUUCCCCAGAUGAUAUUUCUAAACAGUCUGUUUGGCUAUCUGUCACUUCUCAUCAUUGUGAAGUGGUGCACUGGUUCACAAGCUGAUCUAUACCACAUAUUGAUAUACAUGUUCCUGAGUCCUACUGAUGAUUUGGGUGAAAAUCAGCUUUUUCCUCACCAAAAGAUGGUUCAGAUUGUGCUAGUAUUACUGGCCCUUGUUUCUGUACCAUGGAUGCUGUUACCGAAGCCUUUUCUUCUGAAAAACCAACAUGAGAGGCACCAAGGCCAAUCAUACACUCCACUUCAAAGCACAGAAGAGAGUCUUCAAGUGGAGGCAAAUCAUGAUUCCCAUGGUCAUGAGGAAUUUGAGUUCAGUGAAGUUUUUGUGCAUCAACUUAUACACACCAUAGAGUUUGUGCUUGGAGCUGUUUCAAAUACAGCUUCAUACCUUAGAUUGUGGGCCCUCAGCCUUGCUCAUUCAGAAUUGUCUAGCGUGUUCUAUGAGAAGGUUCUCCUCCUUGCUUGGGGGUUUAACAAUGUAAUUAUCCUUAUUGUUGGCAUCAUUGUCUUCAUUUUUGCAACCGUUGGGGUGUUGUUGGUAAUGGAAACCCUAAGUGCUUUCCUACAUGCUCUGCGUCUUCACUGGGUUGAAUUCCAAAACAAAUUCUACGAGGGAGACGGUUACAAGUUCUAUCCAUUUUCAUUUGCAUCACUUAAUGAUGAAAAUGAAUGAUGCACUGAAUCGAAUGGUUUGAGUUGACUGAAUUGGAUGUGGAUAGAGGUGAAAGUGUCGAAUAUUUAUUUCUUUUGAAUGUGAAGAGAAGGCCACCCAGAUGGGCGCCCUUUGUAGGGGUCUCAAGGUAGGUUUCGUCAAUUUGGCCACCGUCCCUUUUGCUUCAAAUCCGAUGGUUAGAUAUUGGAACCUUAGAUCAUUAUUGAUUUGGGCAGUGCCUUAAGAAAUGUGAUAGCAUUUAUUUAAUAGAAACUUGUUUAAUUGAUUAAACUUCUAUUUAUCAAUAAAAUAAAAGCAAUAUUGCAGU